AUGGAGGCGCGCGGGGAGCCGGUCCCGGGCCGGGAGUCGGCGGGCGGCGACCUGCUGCUGGCGCUGCUGGCGCGGAGGGAAGACCUGCGCCGAGAGAUCCCACUGUGCGCUGGCUGCGACCAGCACAUCCUGGACCGCUUCGUCCUCAAGGCCCUGGACCGCCACUGGCACAGCAAGUGCCUCAAGUGCAGCGACUGCCACACGCCGCUGGCUGAGCGCUGCUUCAGCCGCGGAGAGAGCGUCUACUGCAAGGACGACUUCUUCAAGCGCUUCGGGACCAAGUGCGCCGCGUGCCAGCUGGGCAUUCCGCCCACGCAGGUGGUGCGCCGCGCCCAGGACUUCGUGUACCACCUGCACUGCUUCGCCUGCGUCGUGUGCAAGCGGCAGCUGGCCACGGGAGACGAGUUCUACCUCAUGGAGGACAGCCGGCUCGUGUGCAAGGCAGACUACGAGACCGCCAAGCAGCGAGAGGCCGAGGCCACGGCCAAGCGGCCGCGCACCACCAUCACGGCCAAGCAGCUGGAGACGCUGAAGAGCGCCUACAACACGUCGCCGAAGCCCGCGCGCCACGUGCGCGAGCAGCUCUCCUCCGAGACCGGCCUGGACAUGCGCGUGGUGCAGGUGUGGUUCCAGAACCGCCGGGCCAAGGAAAAGAGGCUCAAGAAGGACGCGGGCAGGCAGCGCUGGGGCCAGUAUUUCCGCAACAUGAAGCGCGCCCGCGGCGGCUCGAAGUCGGACAAGGACAGCGUCCAGGAAGAGGGGCAGGACAGCGACGCCGAGGUCUCCUUCACCGAUGAGCCAGCCAUGGUCGAAAUGGGCCCUGCCAACGGCCUCUACGGUGGCCUGGGAGAGCCUGCCCCAGCCUUGGGCCGGCCCUCGGGGGCCCCAGGCAGCUUCCCGCUGGAGCACGGAGGCCUGGCCGGCCCGGAGCAGUACCGAGAGCUGCGCCCCGGCAGCCCCUACGGCGUCCCCCCAUCGCCUGCUGCCCUGCAGAGCCUCCCUGGCCCCCAGCCCCUCCUCUCCAGCUUGGUGUACCCGGAUGCCGGCUUGGGGCUCGUGCCCUCGGGAGCCCCAGGUGGGCCCCCACCCAUGAGGGUGCUGGCAGGGAACGGACCCAGCUCUGACCUCUCCACGGGGAGCAGCGGGGGCUACCCCGACUUCCCUGCCAGCCCCGCCUCCUGGCUGGACGAGGUGGACCACGCUCAGUUCUGACUGAGACCCCCGGCUCCACCGAGCACCGGACACGAGGGGUCUGGGCGGCAGCACGGCCCCUGGCUGGGGGGGUCUGGAGCUGAGCUCUCCUGUCCCAAAGCCCUGGACCCCUGGGGGACGCAGCGCCACCGGCGGGGGACAGGAUGAGGGCUCAGGGAGGGCUCGUUUCUGCGGAGUGCCCCCCGCAGCCCCUCCCCUAGUCAGAGGGACUCUCCAGGCUCCCCUGAGAGCCUCCUCCUCGGACAGGGGGCAGCCCACCUGGGGGCCGCUCAGCAAGCCUCGUUUUGUAAGCAGAUUUCUCCCUUUAUCGGCCCAUUAACUGAGUGGUUGCUGCAGUUUCUAAACAGGAAAUGUCACACACACACACACUC